AUGGCAGACAACAGUGUUAGUGCGUGCAUGGAACAGCAUGUGGUGAUGAAGCUUCUUGUGAACGAAGGCAUAAAACCCGCAGAUAUCUACAGAAGACUUCAAGCACACUACAAUAAGAUAUUUGAAUGGUGUAAACGUUUCAAAGAUGGCCAUACGUCUGUCAGUGACGAUCCCAGCCGUGGUGGUUCCCAGCCCACAGCAGUCAUUCCUGUGAGUUUUAAGUGUGUGGAACAACUGUUCAUGGAUAAUUGAUGCAUAACCUGUCGCGAAAUUGCACAAGAGAUGAAUCUUUCUGUGGGAACGAUGAGCAAAAUGA